AAUCAGCGAAAAGCUGCCACUCAGUCGAUCUCAGUCAGGUAAAACCGCGAGAACUCUAUUGGCGCGACUCUCUGCGCGAUCGUUGAGUCAAUUUAGUGAGAAAAUUGAUCGUUUGGAUCAGAGAAUUAUUUUUCUGUUUGUGGAUUUUUUCUGUGAAGUUUUCUUUCUUUUCAACAAAAGUAUUCUUGGAGCAAAUUAGAUUGUGGUGAAGUGUGUCCAGGGAGAGCACAAAAAUACUGGUGAAAAGUGCUUUAAAGAUUGUUGGAUUUCUCAGUUGAAACAGAUAAAGCUGAAUGUCAUCGAGUUGUCUUUCGAUUGGAAUUCAAUGAAUAAGGUGGAAUUUCUUCAACAUCGCAAUAGAGUGUGAUACUACGGCGCAUUGAGAGAAAUUGGAAUAAAUCGUCCUCAUAGGGAAAGUGAUUUGAGAGCUCAUGGGUGGACAAAGAUGACGUUCACAUUGAGAGUCGCCACACAACAUUUCUUCUUGGUUUCUACCUCACAGAAUCACUCACAAUAGAGAUACGUAUCGAAGGAGAUCUAAACUCCAGGCACCUGCAUAAAUCACUUGGGAGUUCAAUCGGGAGAACUUCCACCACUCACUGGACACAACCAACCCCCCGGAAAUGCUGAAGGGGAUUAACGAGAGAGCAGUGAAGAGGAUCAAGGGAGCUCACUACGUAGCCACACACGGAAGAGGAACUCCAGAUCCUCCCUAUGCUCAGGCAAAUCGUGGUUACUCCACCGACGGCGAAGACAGCCAGAGAGCUCCAUCAGAGAGAACUCUCUCAGAAUAUACAGUGGCCAAUGAACGAGCAACACCUCCUACAGCUCCAGCCAGAAAAUCCAGGAUGGAAAGGCAAGAAAAUGGGGUACCAAGGGGACCUACUACGGGACCACCGAAUCGACCUCCGCCAAGAGUACCUUCGGCAUUAAGUUACGACCACGGUGGAGAUACCGGAAGUGACAUCUACGUCACAAGUGCCGCCUACAAAGCUCCAUCUGAAAUCAGUCGAUACAGUGCUAGACCACAAUCUCGAGGUGGACCAAGGAGCAUCUAUUCAGUUGCGAGUUCAACGAAAACGGGCCGAAGCAAUCGUUCGAGGCGCGCCGCUGGCGCCAGCAUCGAAGCCAUGUCAGCACCAAAUCCAUUCUGUCCAAAUGCCAAAGGCGUCUGUUGCCUCAUGCUCCUCCUCAAUCUUGGUCUAAUCCUCGUAACACUGGGUUUUGUUAUUGUCAUCCAAUUCAUGGAGCCCCUAUUUGUCUGGAUCCUCGGAAUUGUCUUCCUAAUCUUUGGCUUCCUGACCCUCAUCGGCUCCAUGAUUUACUGCGUUAUUGUCUGCAGAGACGCCAAGACACCGUCACAGCUGAGGAAUGAAGAUCUCUACUGGACACGUCACUGGCAGAAAAAUAUUGGCUACACCCCUCAUGAAAUCAACUACAAAACCGACCGAUACGACGGAUACUCCGAUCGAUACUCAGUCAGCAAGAUGAGCGGAAAGUAUUCCGACCGAGAGAGCAAUCAUCGAUACUAAUUCCAACUAAAACCAAUUUUUCCGAAGUUUUCCUUCUCACCCAUUUUUUUCUCUUUUGUACUAACUCCUGUGAAUUUCCUGCCAACACAAAAAAAAAACAGGUGUCACGAGUGCCGUGGACAAUGCAAUGUAACCAGGGUGUCCCAUAUAGAUUGAAUAUAUCUUGUAAAUAACAAAGAUUUUUUUUUUAAUAAAUUAAAAUGUACGAUCAUCAA